UUAGUGGAAGCUUCUUGGCGAUCUGCAUGUGAAUGAACUGGGAGCUGCUUUAACCGUUACCCCCGCUCUCUCACUCACAGAGGGAGAGGGGGAGAGAGAGAGAGAGACAGACAGAGAGCGGCAGAGAGAGAGAAAGAGAGAGAGAGAAAGAGAGAGAGAAGGGGGGGGGGAGACUUUAGGUGCAUCAGCUCCAGAACCAGCACUUGUGUGUGAGAGAGAGAGCGAGAGAGAGAGGGGAUAGAAGUUGAGGGCAGAGGAAGUGAGAGGAAGUAUCAGUGAGUCUGUGCACUGGGCCACCCUGUUUCCCUGGCGUGGGUCAGUGGCAGCGGACGCACAGUGCUGUGGAUUGGGUUUUAUUCAUGAGAGAAGAUACGGUCCAGGAGCUGCAGCUGGAGCUGGAGGUGCCCGCUCAGAUGGAGGAGAGGGAGAGGGAGGUGGAGGAGGAAGAGAGGGGAGAGGAGGAGAUGGAGCAGCCCCCCUGCACCCUGACCGAGUCAGGCCCCCAGGGCCUCAUCCAGGGCAAAGACCUGUUCGGCUACGUAGGCAUCGAGGCCGUUCUGGACCAGAUGAGACGCAAAACCAUGAAGGCCGGCUUCGAGUUCAACAUAAUGGUCGUGGGUCAGAGUGGCCUGGGCAAGUCCACGCUGGUAAACACGCUGUUCAAAUCCAAGGUCAGCAGGAAAUCCUGCACUCCCAAUUAUGAAGAGAAGAUCUCCAAGACAGUCCACCUGCAGUCUGUCAGCCAUGUCAUUGAAGAAAAAGGAGUGAAGAUGAAGCUGACGGUGAUUGAUACCCCUGGCUUUGGAGACCAAAUCAACAAUGAAAACUGCUGGGAGCCCAUCGUGAGUUACGUGAACGAGCAGUACGAGAAGUACCUGCGGGAGGAGCUCCACGUCAACAGGAAGAGGCGGAUCCCCGACAGCCGGGUGCACUGCUGCAUCUACUUCCUGCCUGCCACUGGGCACCGGUUACGUCCCAUUGAUGUAGAGUUCAUGAAGAGGCUGGGGAAGAUCGUGAGCAUCGUGCCAGUCAUCGCCAAAGCUGACACCCUCACCAUGGAGGAGCGGCAGGACUUCAAGCAGCGGAUAAGACAAGACCUGCAGGUCAACGGCAUCCGAGUUUACCCCCAGCGCGAGUACGACGAGGACACAGAGGAUCGGAUACUCAACGACAAGAUCAGGGAAAGUAUUCCGUUUGCAGUGGUGGGAACAGACAAAGAGCACCAGGUGAACGGAAACAAGGUCCUGGGAAGGAAAACCAAAUGGGGAAUUAUAGAAGUUGAAAAUGUUGCACAUUGCGAGUUUGCCAACCUAAGAGAUCUGCUGAUCAGGUCUCACCUGCAAGAUCUGAAGGACGUCACCCACAACAUCCACUAUGAGACCUACAGGGUGAGGAGACUCAACGAGAGCAAUGCCAACGGAAUGGCCCUCUCCCCCCUCAGCCUGGAGAAUGGUACCCUGGACAAGAGCGAGACCGACAGCCACCUCUGAGGAGAGACAGGGAUGGAGGGAGGGUGAGAGAGGAAGAAAAGAAGAGGAGAGAGGGGAAGGAAGAAGUGGAAGCGUUACAUGCCGUCCCCUUCGCCUCUGUCACCCCUGCCCGAUGGGACGGACAGACGGACGGACGGUCCACCAUUUUGUGUGAAAAAGAAAAAAAAGAGAAAAGGAGCUUUUUUUUGUAUUUUUUUACUCAAAACAAUAAAGACAGCGAAAGUCUUCAUAGGACCAUAUAGAAAAGAGGAUCCCACUUUGACUAAAGACUUUAUUUUCUGCUACAUAUGGCAUUUAAACACCAUAUACAAAUAUAUUUUUUUCUGAGAUGGAAAUUGUGGUAAAGGUCGGGCAGGUUGAUGGGGGGGGAUGGGGUUACCGAACGGUGGAAAGAGUGACAGUGAGAAUGUGCCUGAAAAAGGGUGAGAGAGAAGGAGAGAAUGUUUGUGUGUGUGUGAGAGAGAGAGAGAGAGAAAGAGAGAGGGAGAGCAAGAGAGCGAGAGAGAGAGAGGCAGAGCAAGAGGGGGGAGAGAGGGAGGAGUGUUUCUGAGGCUUUGAUCAUUCAUUCACACUCCCCUGCAGCUCUCUGUCUUUCUUCCUUUCAUUCUCCCUCUUCUGGUCAUGCUCUCUCUCUCUCUCUCUCUCUCUCUCUCUCGGUCUCUCUCUCUCUCUCUCUCCUCCUCGAAUUGAAAGGCUGGAUGAAUUGUGUAGUUGGUGGUACUUUGAAAGACUGAAUGGCCCCUAGAACACAGACACUCACUUUGCAGGGAGAGGCCCGAAUCGUUGCUUUAAUCUGCUGCACCUCUAUGCUCGUCAUGAACAAGUAAUGUGACCCCCGCCCGCACACACACAUAUACGUACAUACAAUUUUUUUUUUUUGUUAAACGAAUCUUUCUAAGUUGUUUAUUAUGGAGAUUUUUUUUCAUUGUGGUGUUUAACAUUUUUGUUAAGAUAGCUGCUCUGAGGCACAUGAUGUAGACGCAGUUCUAAAAUCCAUAUCUGAGUUUAAAGAUGAGAAAUAACAUUUUGUAUACGUUUGAUAUAUGUGUCAAUUAUGGUUCUCCCAGUAAUGUUUUAUUUUGCAGGGCCCUGUCCAGUUCAGUAGAAAUGCAAGGUUUUUUUUGUUUGUUUGUUUAUAUGUAAAGGGAGUCGAAACAUUUCCUAUGCUUUUAAUAGUAACUGUGAAGAAAACUUGCAGCAACAGUGCCAUCCUGUGGUGAGUGUAGUGAAAGACAGGCAGAUCAUUCCAUUUGACUGUGGUAAGUCUAUAGUUACAUACUGUCACAUAGCUAAAGAUUUCAAGAUAUUGUUUUGUUUGCUUCUUUUGUUUUCAUCUUACAGUUUAUUCUCCAUUCACUACCAACAAAUCAUUCUUUAAAAGGUACACCUUUCACAUAAUCCUCACAGGCAUUUAUUAUACAAUAACAAUGUGGAUUUUUAAUGGCUUGCUCCUCUGUUCUUUGACAUUACUGUACAUAUCUACAUUGACUUUUUGGUUACGGCUGCCACCAAUGUUUUUUUUUUUUUUUUUUUUACUCAACCUGUACUAACAGUUCAGACAUGUUUCCUGUCUUCAAUAUUAAUAUACAUGUAAACACCAUUGAUUAAUGAUUAAAUGAUUGUCACUGUAAAGCUAUGAUGUCCGCGCAUUUGAUGACUGAUUGAUGGUGUGGUGGAGAUUAUCUGAAGUCUGUUACUGCUGAUUAUAUUAUCUUUGGAUCAAUGCAUACCAUCAGUGAGUACCAAUGGACACCAAUAUUCUUAACAAAUGAACACCUAUAUAAAAUGUCAUUGCUCACAAAUA